CCGCAUGAAAGGGCGAGGCAGGACGGCUCAUGAGCGAUAUUCAAACCUUUUUUUUUUUUUUUUUCUUUUUUCCAUUGGGUUGGCGCAGUCCCGAUAUCGAUACCACACACAAUGCCGCCUGGAUUUUGCAUCAGAAUCUGAAUGUUAGAUAAACAAGGGCGGGGAGAAUGCGCGCUCGAGGUCAUGGCAUGAAAUGUUUUGAUGGUGUUUUGUUUCUUUUGUUGCUCAGCGAUACCUCUGCCGCAGUUGCCCAUCGCACAUAGGUCUGCACACAAAGCAAGCCCUAACCAUAGUCGCAAAAAGAGAAGUCGAGAUAGGAAUGAAGAUUCGACAUUGAAAUCAUUUUAUCCGUACGUGGUUGUAAUCAUCGAAUGACCAAUGGUUUCUUCUUCAUGGAUUGACUGUUACGUACGGGGGCUCGAGCCGGGCCAUCUACCUAGCAGCGGGUAGGUAGUGUAGUGUGAGGAGGGCGGGGCAAAGAUGGGGAAAAAAUGAAUAGGUAGCGCGGGGA